CGCUUUCCGGUUGCGUGGCGGUUGGCCCAUGGAUGCUGCUGUUUCCCGAAGCGGCAGAGUUUUCGGUUUGUUUGUGGUCGGAGCCGGGUCCGGGCCAGGGGCAGAUCAUUGAACAGUUGGGAUAUUGUCGACGUACAGUUUGUUUCCACGGCAUCUUUUUCAAUGCACGCGGAAUGGAUUUCUCGAAAUUUCUGGAUGACAAUUUUGAUGUGAAGGACUGGGUGAAUGGGGCUUUCAAGACUGUUCAGGAGGAAGAACCCGGAAAGGUUGACAGUCAUGCUGCCACGCUGGUGAUGAAGCUGCAGUUGUUUAUUCAGGAGGUGAACAAUGCCAUUGAAGAAACUAGUCACCAAGCACUACAGAAUAUGCCCAGGGCUCUCCGGGAUCUGGAAGCUCUGAAACAGGAAGCUUCCUUUCUGAAGGAGCAAAUGAUCCUUGUCAAAGAAGAUAUUCGGAAAUUUGAACAGGACACAGCACAGUCCAUGCAGGUAUUGGUCGAGCUUGAUGAAGUAAAGUCCAGAAUGCAAGCGGCAUCUGAGGCAUUGCAGGAGGCUGACAAGUGGAGUACACUCAGUGCUGACAUUGAAGAAACACUGAAAUCACAGGACAUUGAGACUAUCUCAGCCAAACUCACAAGUAUGCAGAACAGUUUGGCUAUGCUGGUCGAUACACCAGAUUAUUCAGAGAAAUGCGUUCACCUCGAGGCGCUAAAGAAUCGAUUGGAAGCCAUGGCAAGCACACAGAUUGUGGCUGCAUUCAAUUCUCAGUCUAUUGAUCAGGCCCGGCUUUUUGUGAAAGUAUUUGUGGCAGUGGACCGAAUGCCCCAGCUCCUAACAUACUACUACAAGUGUCACAAGAGUCAGUUGGUCUCUGUGUGGCAGGAGCUGUGUCAGAGUGACCUCAGUUUGAAUCACCAACUAACAGAAUUCUACGAUACUCUUCUGGCAACAUGGCACUCACAGCUACAGUGGACUAGUCAGGUCUUCAGGAACCCCUGUGAGAUUGUUACCGUGCUGCAGAUCCAGACCCUGGGAGCUAUUGUUCCGUCAAUCCCUGUCUGCCUCAGCACAGCAAUGGAGAGAGCGAGCCAGGAGGAUAAGCUUAGCAUGCUGCUGGACCUCCAUGACAGUACUAUUCACUUUGCUAAGGGCCUGGAGGCAGCUAUGCUCCCACACCUAGGUGAGACCAAUUUGGUGAAAGUUACAGAACUGGUUGCAGCAAUCCACAGCCCAUACCUGCCUUAUCAACUGCAGUACGGUGACCUGGAGGGGUCAAACUUGCUCAUUCAGAUCAGUGCCAUUCCACUGGAGUGUGGAGAGCUGAUUGAUUGUGUUCAGGAGCUUAAUCAGUCGGUGAAUAAACUCUUCAGCCUGGCCAGUGGAGCAGUGGACAGAUGUGUGAAAUUGACUGAUGGACUUGCAGCGUGCGGCCUACUCAAAGCACUGAAGACUCUCUUCUCGAAAUACGUAUCCAACUUUGCUAGCACUUUGCAGUCCAUACGUAAGAAAUGCAAGCUAGAGGAAAUUUCCAAUGGAUCCUUGUUCCAGGAAGACUGGUCUGCAUUCCAAACUUCUAUCAGAAUUAUUGCAACUUGUGGAGAAUUAUUGCGGCAGUGUGGAGACUAUGAGCAGCAGUUGGCCAACAGGAUAUUAUCCACUGCAGGGAAGUAUUUAUCUGAGUCAUACAGUCCACACAGUCUGACAGGUAUACAAGAAACAAGCUUCUCUGACAAGAAAACUUCCAUCAAAAAUCCAUGGCAAGAAUAUAAUUAUUUACUGAAAGCAAAUCCAAGUGAAUAUGCCAGUCUGAUGGAAAUGCUUUAUAUGCUGAAGGAAAAGGGAACAGGGAACAAUAACUUGUUGUCAGAAGCUCGUGCAGCACUGACCCGGCUCAACCAGCAGGCACAUCAGCUCGCUUUUGACUCUGUGUUCCUCCGGAUCAAGCAGCAGCUUGCCCAGGUGCCUCGGAUGGAGACUUGGAACACAGGAACCAUGGGAGAGACGUUAACUGAAGAUCUCCCAACAUUUAGCCUUGCUCCUCUUGAAUACAUCAGCAAUAUUGGCCAGUACAUCAUGUCCUUGCCUCUGCACCUGGAGCCCUUUGUAGCACAGGACGAUCCAGCACUGGAGUUGGCACUGCAUUCUGGUAAACUUCCAUAUCCUCCAGAGCAAGGGGAUGAGCUGCCAGAGUUGGACAACAUGGCUGAUUAUUGGCUGGGCUCCAUUGCCAGGGCAACAAUGCAUACUUACUGUGAAUCCAUUCUCCAGAUCCCAGAGCUCACACCGCAUGCAACCAAACAACUUGCCACAGAUAUUGAUUACCUCAGCAAUGUCAUGGAUGCUCUUGGCUUACAGCCAUCCCGCACUCUGCAGCAGACUGUGACUACCCUGAAAGUAAAGCCCGAAGACUUCAGGCAAGCAGCGAAGGGUCUCCCCCGGAGACUGACCAGUGCAAUUGCAACCAUGAGGACUAUCCAUUACUGAUCAAGUGUCCUGUUUGCAAAACAAAUUCUGUUUCUGGUGGUUGAAGGCUGCCUUAAUUCUGACUGGCUCUUGAACCAGUUGAUGAGUGUGUUCCAACUGCCUGCUAAGAGCAAUGACUUCAAACUUAGGCUUUUUUUAGAAUGGUUUAAGUGAGGAUCUGCUGUUGGUUUUAGGCCCAGAGUAUACUUACAGUAGAUAAACAGGUUGGUGAUUUGAAUGCUGCAAGAGACUCAGUAACCCUGCCAUAGGGAGUGAGCAAUUAACUGAGCACUUUUCCAGAGUCGUCCUCCCCACACCCCAUAGCUGUCUCCCCAGCCCUGGGAGAAUGGGAUCAGGACCGAUUUGAUGGUCUGAUGAUACUCUCUUUUAAGUCCUCUUAAUUAAAAAUAAUCUGUUAAAAAUACCGAGUUAAAGCAUCCUGGAAUAGAUGCAGGAAAACCAGCAAGAGAGGAAAUACCUGAAUGUUGAAUGUAUGUUCUGGAGAGAAGGGUAUUUUGAUAGUUGAGUAUAACAUCGUGUUAAGAUGCAGCCUUAAACAGGAGUGCUGCCUCCUCCCAGUCUGAGUCACCUUACCCAUUAAGAAUUGCCUCAGAGCAGAGAUAAACAAAGAAAUUAGAGGUUCAUGUCACGGUCCACUGCCUUCCCAUCUAGGCUAGUUAAUCAGCUGUUUUCACCAGGCAGUAGAGGAUCACAAAUACUUGCAGCCCAUAAAAACAUCAAUCAUGAAUUUUGACUAAUACUUGAACAUUCUAUGUAACUCAUCACAUAACCAUACAGGUGUGCUCCUGCAUGGAGGGUGUGAGAGGGUGUGGAAUCUUCCUCUACUGGUUAUAUGUGUAUGUGUGCCUUUGUAGGUCCUUUGAGACCAAUAAUGCCUGCACUGGAUGACACUGCGAGGAGAUGAAUGGUUAGGAACUGGAAAAGGAGUUUUAUGUGUGUUUGUAUUUUUUUUAUUGAAGCAAAUGGUUUAGAUCUGCUGAAUUGAAACAUAUGCAAUCUGUGGGAUGUUAUUGUCACCCAGAAUUGGACAUGAUCAAACAGGGAUCAUGACCUGUUCCUCUUCAUGUGAAUUUAUUGUCUUUACUCAGACAGAGGUGGGGCUGAAGAUGGAAAGACAUUCCAAAUUACUUUAACAUCAGUGGAUUAGUUGUUAAUUGUGGCUCAAUCAGAGCAUUCCUAACUCAGCCUCAGAACUGAAGGCACUGUGAUUGAAUUCCUUUGGUCUAGGCUGGCACUCCCACUGAAGGAACACAGCAUUGUCAGAAAUGGCCACCUUUAGGAUAAGAAAUUAAACCAUGUUUGCUCACUUUGGUAUAUGUAAAAGAUCCCAUUGAGCUACUUGAACACUGAAGAACAGGACAAUUAAUUCACAUUACUCUGUUUAAUAUCUGUCCCUCAAAUAAUAGCACUUUGACAAAAAAACAUAUUAUCUGUUCAUUGUCACAUUGCUGCUGGUGGAUGCUUGUUGAAGUACAUAGUACAUUGACUUCCUACAUUAUGGUACACUCAAAAUACUAAUUGGCUUAAAUGCUUGGGAGUGUGCUGAAACCAGUGCAGGUGCUAUAUAAAUGCAAAUCAGUUCUCCCAUAAUGUGGGUCAUUAUCUGUUUGAGUUGUAGAUUCUAUCAUCACUGCCUCUGGGUAUUCUUGUAUCUUGUUGUUCAUCUUCUUUCUCCAAUCAACUAACCCUAACACUUCUUUCUUAAGCCUGGUAUUUAUGAUAUUUCCCUGUCUCAGUUCAGUCUCAGCAUCUCUAUUGUUAAUUUUAAAUUUUUUUGUUUCUUGUAUAGUACCUGUCUCCCCUCCUACUUCAGAAUGUUUGUGCUACUGUCCGAGUUUUUAAAAAUUGAUUUAUAAAAUCUUUCUUGAAAAAUCUCUAGCUGCCCUGUGUAUUUAAUUGAUUAAAAUAUUUCUGAAAUAAGAAUAUUGAUUGUAUGUGGUUUCCCUUGUACUCCGAUCACCCAAGAAAAAAAUGUUGUUAGUAUAAUUGACCAUUGGUUUCAGUGGUUGCUCCAACUUCUGGCAUAAAGUAUAAGAGAGUUUGUUUA